AGGAGAGGUCGCUGCCGUCUCCAGGAGCCCUUAGAGACCGAGUCCCCGGCAGCGGCGGCGGCGGUGGUGGCGGCGGGGCCAGCGCUCAGGAAGGCGAAUUCGUCCUACCGUUAAAAACCUGAAAACGUUGGACCACACAAGUUCUUACUGAUUUCAGGGAAGAACAAUCAUUGAAGAUGUCCAGCAAAACAGCAAGCACCAACAACAUAGCCCAGGCAAGGAGAACUGUGCAGCAGCUGAGACUAGAAGCUUCCAUUGAAAGGAUAAAGGUCUCAAAGGCCUCUGCAGACCUCAUGUCCUACUGUGAGGAGCACGCCAGGAGUGACCCUUUGCUGACAGGCAUACCGACUUCAGAAAACCCUUUCAAGGAUAAGAAAACCUGCAUCAUCUUAUAGUGGAAGAAUGGAACCGUUCCUCACCUCUUCCCAACAAAGCAAAUCCUGAGCGGCUCCUUGAAGAGAUUUGCCUCCAGCUUAUUUGGUAACCACUGCUAAUAACUAAAAUGCUCUUCUCUUGGAAUAAUGGACUCUAAAGUCUUUAUUUUCCAAGUUGCCCUUUCUUUAAAAUACCCUUUACUGAUUUAAUACAGAAUAACAAUCUUUGUUUUCCAUUUGAUAACUAUGGUAUUACUUUGGGUUAUUGUUUAAGGAGAGUUGGCCUGAGCCUUCUUAAAAACACAAUUAUAUAUUUCAUGUAUUCAGUUGAUUCAGAUAUGUUAAGACUUAAAAUGCCUAAGCACCUGUCAAAUUAAAAUGCCAAGAAUAACUUCAGUCCUGAAACCUUUAUAUCAUAUUCUGCUCUUAAUAAGGUUUGUGCCAACCUGUAUAGUGUACAAGGGAAAGGGGUGUAUUUUGUAUAUGUAUGUCUUCGCAUGUACACAUAUCAAAGCUUAUUUCCUCAUCAAAGCUCCCCUCUCCAUGUAACAGCAGUUCCUCAACUCCAGAAGUUGUAUUUAUCUUGAGCUGUGUAGGUAGAAUAAAAAUUCUUUUCAUAUAGUUAUUGUGCAAAAAAUAAAGAAAAAGCAUCCUAAAGAUUGUAUUCAUUGUGAUCAGGUGAUAUGUCAUCUCUCCUCUCUUGAAACUUGCUGGACCUCUUAGGUGAUGAUGAACCAUGCCAAUUAAAAACUGAAACUGAACUGAAAGCUCUUUGAUAAGGUAUUAAUUCAUAGGGACCCUUUUGGGCUUCGGCCAUCUUGAGUCUGGAAAAGGGGAGGGGACCCUUGGAGGAGGACUGUAGCAGCUGUGCUUUCCUAGGGAAGACACCGCUGAAAUUUCUGCCCUGGUGAUUAAAAUAAGACAGUGAACAGUGAGCCUGACCAAGGGGAGCAGAAACAUGUAAAAACCAACUGCUCUUCUCAGGCCAGCUUUGCAAUUUGUCCCCCUCUUCUCCAUUAGCCUCCCCUGUAUUCUCCCUCUGCUGCUAGAGUAUUUUCAGAGGUGACAUUCCCCUCCCCAGACCCAGGAAGAUGAGACUUGGUGGGAAAGAAAUAGACUUAAAACAUUAAGGUGUCAGGACUCAUAUGCUCUCCCCAGAUGUCUGCAGUUUCAACCCUGCCUGUCCACAGACCCUCCAAGGGGAACUGCAAGCUUCCCAGGAGGGGCUUGGACUCAGCAGUACACUCCUUGGACCAUAGGGUCCCAGCUGCUGGACAUGGAGUUUCUCAGCCUUCCUCUGAGAAGAUAGGACUUAUGUCCUCAAGAUGUCCAUGGGGAAGCCAAAGGCAUGCAUCUCUUCUGGCCAAAGGGGCAUCGUGACUUUAUCAGAGAGGAAGGAAGGCUCCUUUUUAAUUAGGGGCCAAACCAUACUGAGGAUAUGACACUUUAGUCCACUUUCAGCUCAUUAAAAAGAACUACUAAUGAAGGGUUAAAAACUUAAUCACAGAGGAUUCAACCCUGAGAAAAAAUUAUUUGCGAUGGUUUCCUUACUUAUGUACAAUCUGCCCUGAAAAGCAAAACCUUUUAAAAUCCAAUGCUCUGGGCUUGAACAUCAUGCUCAUUGGUGGUGAGCAAAUACAGUCCUGUUUUUAAAUGGCUUGAACGUAGUCAGUGUUCCUCCCACUCACCCGUCGACUCAGCACUGUGAAUUGACCCUGUGAAAGUCACGGCACUGCCCUCAACCUUUUGUCACCUACUGCUUGGUUCUGUGAAAUACUCAGUCCCAAGUAAAUUACAGGCACCUGCAUAGGAGAGAAAGCUUUUGCCUUUCAAAAGGUGAAAUUGGAAAUGUACACUAAGACAACAACUUCACAUUUUAUGCUUCACUUAAUGAGACAUUCUUUUUUUUAAUAAGUAUAUUUUUCUACGGAUAGUUUCAGAACACUGAGUUUAUUUUCACUCUAAUUUUUAACAUGUUUCUUUAAAUAUUUAUAACACAGCUUACUACAGAAUCUUUUCAUGAAAUCACUCUUAUUAUACCAUUUUGUGCACAUUAUUAGCAGCCAGCAUAGUUUAUUCUUUAGCAUUAAAACAGUCUUUUGCCUAACGGUAAACAAGCAUGUUUUGCUAUAUAUUUGUUAAUUUGUUUGUUAUGGUAAGAAAUGGGCUUGAGGUCCCAGGAGAUUUCAUUUUAUUUUUACUGGUCAGAUGGAAUAAAGGCUAUGAGUAUAAAUGUCAUGUAAUUUCCUAACCAGGUGUAGGGCAUGUUCAUAAAAAAAAUGGAAUCAAAUUGUCCUUUGAUGCUGACACAAGAGGGGGGAAAUUGUAACCACAUGUUGAUUUACUUAUAACUAGAUACUAUGUGAGGAAAAUAUAAUAUAUGUAUACAUAUAUAUGAUAUGCAGAAGUCACUUUUAUUUAUCUGGUCUGUUCUACUUGUGAAGCCACAGUUAAACCGUCUCCAGCAGUUGGUUUGUGAUAAUGGUAGAUGCCAAUGUGUGUUAUUUUUUUCUGCUACCACUGUAAUGACACACUUAAAUAUAUACAGGCAGCUUCUUGGCUUCAUUCCCAUUGAACUAUUUAAAUACUCUCAAUAUACUUUGUCUGUAAUGCUGCUUCUGUUAACAGUGAUCUUGUUCCUUUUUCAUUCCUAUAUUUUCAUUAGUUCAUCAUAAAUCUGUCCAGUUGAGGUCUCAUCACCAUGGCAAGAUAGGCUAGGCCAAACAUAAGAUUCCAAAGUAUUUUACAAAAACACUUUUUUUUUUUUUAAUAGAGAAAUACUUUCUAUAUGAGGUGGUUCACAAUUUAUGGGUUGUGACUAAAUACUUUUUUCCUUUUCUAAGAAAAAUUUCAGGUUUUUAAAUUCCUUACCUUAUUAAAGUGAAAAGUACCUUACUUUUUAAAGGAAAGGCCUGCUUUUUGCAGGCUCCAUGUUUGGACUAUGUGUCUAUUUUACUAAUCUUUAAACUAUCAGGAAAAAAAAAAAAAAAACUUUGUACCAACAAUUCGGUAAUUUUGAGGCAUAGAUUAAUUUUCAUAGUGGAAGAAGUGCCAAUUUUCUCUUCAGAUGCUGACUUUUCAACCAAUUUAUAACUAAGAUAGUAUCCUCUGAUUCCUCUGAAUUUUUAUUUAAGAUAUAUACAGGCCCAAGAAGUAAAUAACAACCAUACAUGUCAGGUGUUUCUUGGUGAAAUGAACAUAAUACCAGAGUAUAGUAUGAAUUGUACUGAUCUAUUUAUUUCAUGAUAAUAGAUCAAUAGGAAAAGAUACCUUAAAUCAGAGUUAUAUAAGUAUAUCAAAAUAGAGCACUGACCUAAAGUCGGGGCCUGUAUUUUAGCCCUCAGUCAUUUUCUAGCCUAUCCUGUUAUCAUCUUACUUUGGACAAGGCAGUUCAUCUCUCUGGGCCUCCAUUUUCCCAUUUGUAAAACAAGGGGCUGGCAGCAGACAACCCCUGAGAUCCCUUCCUGUCCCAGAUGCCUUGGUUCAACACCACUGCCCCUCUGCUGGUCCUGCCAAUGUGUUGGUGCUACACGCUACUUCAAAUAGAAACUUGGUUUGUCUAUAACGUGUGCUCCCUUGAUAGCUUAUGAAAGGCCUUUUUGUUAUACAGUGCUUUUUCCCCUAGUUUUACAGACUUAGUUACUGUAAUGAUGUUUCCAGCUAUUUUCUUGAUGUCUCAGUAAAUUUGCAUUUGAUAUAUUGUUGGUGAGAUUGUGUUGUUUUGUAACGUUCUUUGGCUACUCAUCUGUCCAGCAUCUUAUUAACCUUAACACUGUGAUCAUUGUUUAAAAUAUGUUCUGUGGAAAGAAUAAAAACAUUUACUUCACAGCGAGCAUGUUCACAGAUUUGAAAGAAAGUUCAUUAAAAAGCACUGUUGCUUUCUUUACUGAGUCAGUGCCUCGCAUCGUUUUGCUGGUGUUUGCUCAAUAAAUUAAUAAAAGACCUUUUCUCUUCA